GAACGAUGGUUUUUCCGCGUCAACAUAAAUCAGGAUGUCGAUAAAUUUCAUUCUAUAGUACCAAAUAUGGCAUUUACGUGGCCGUUUGAAUUAGAUGCAUUCCAGAAGCAGGCUAUUAUGAAACUAGAAAAGCAUGAAAAUGUGUUUGUUGCAGCGCACACUUCAGCUGGGAAGACUGUAGUUGCCGAAUAUGCAAUUGCUUUAGCAUCGAAGCAUGUUACGAAGGCCAUAUAUACUUCUCCUAUAAAGGCUCUGUCAAAUCAGAAGUUUCGCGAUUUCAAAAUGACGUUUGGUGAUGUAGGACUAUUGACGGGUGAUGUACAAAUAAAUCCCGAAGCAUCUUGUUUAAUCAUGACAACAGAAAUUCUUCGUUCCAUGCUAUACAAUGGUUCAGACACUAUUCGCGAUAUAGAAUGGGUUAUCUUCGACGAAGUGCAUUAUAUUAACGACGAUGAGAGGGGAGUCGUUUGGGAAGAAGUAGUCAUAUUGUUGCCUGAUCAUGUUGGUCUGAUAUUAUUAUCUGCAACGGUCUCAAAUUCGGAUGAGUUAGCAGACUGGGUUGGGAGAACUAAAAGAAAACAAAUACAUGUUAUCAGUACAACUAAACGCCCUGUUCCCCUUGAACAUUUUCUAUAUCGUUCACCAAAUCAAAAGACAGAUAAAGAUUUGAUCAAAAUCUUUGACAUAUAUUAUAAACUUAUGGGUGUAAUCUUCCGUUAUCAAUCCAAUAGCCUGAGAGAAGCUUUUAAACGGCCAACAUCUACUAAACCUACACCAAAAGGAGGUAAACCUACGACCAAAGAAGCGCAAAUAUACCAGUCAUUAAUUAAAAAUUUAAUAAAAAAAGAUCCUCCUAUGGUUCCAGCCGUUGUUUUUGUGUUCUCGAGGAAGAAAUGUGACAAUUUGGCCGGUAGCUUAUCAACUGCUAAUCUUACUACUAAAGAUGAAAAAUCAAAAAUAAAACGUUUCAUCAAGAAGUCAAUUUCAAUACUAAGCGAUAAAGACCAGAAACUUCCUCAGGUAGUUUGGCUCUGUGAGAUGCUCCAGCUAGGAGUAGCUGUACACCAUAGUGGAAUUCUCCCUGUGUUAAAGGAGAUAGUAGAAAUGGUAUAUCAGGAAGGCCUCGUAAAGUGCCUAUUUGCGACGGAAACUUUUGCUAUGGGGGUCAAUAUGCCCGCUAAGUGCGUUAUAUUUGACACAAUAUCUAAGCAUGACGGCAAUAGUCGUCGACGCCUGCAUCCUGGUGAAUAUAUUCAAAUGGCAGGAAGAGCAGGCCGAAGAGGCAAAGAUAAAACCGGAACAGUUAUCAUGUUAUUAAAGGAAGAAAUAAAUGAGAUUGACCUUCGGCAAAUGAUAACUGGAAAACCGCAAAAAUUGCAGUCUAAAUUUAGAUUAACUUAUGGUAUGGCACUAAAAGUAUUACGAGUAGAGAAUCUAGAAGUAGAGGAUUUAAUGUGGCGUAGUUUUGCGGAAUUGCACAAACAAGUCAGAAAAUCGACACUAGAAAAACAGUUGUUGCCGUUACAAACUAAAUCAAGAUCGGAAAACUUUAGCUGUCCUAAUUGUAUUAGCAGUAUCGAUUUAUAUUGCGAAGUGUUACAUGACUAUUAUCAUGCUAAUGAAUGCUUACAAAAAAUCUUAUUAACUGAAGCACAAUCGAAGAUUAAAGGAAGAUUCGUUGUAAUAAAUAAUGAUAAUCACCACAACGCGUUGGGCAUUGUUUUAGAUACUAAAGUGGACUCGAAACGAAGAUCUUUUUACAAGACAUUCAUUCUAAUCAAUGAAUCUGAAGAAAAAUCAACUCUACUGAAACCGAAAGGGAGUAGACCUUACUCUAACCAAUUAUUCAUACCAUACGGCACGUGUCAAUAUAAAGUUGAAGAUAUUGGCGAAUCUGAUAUCGCUGCGAUAUCUAAAAAUUCCUCUAAAGUUAAAGUUGAUAAAAUUAUGGUUGAACUUACUGGGUCGAACUUCAAGAACAUUGACAGCGAAGAGCACAUUAGUGCAGCAAUGCUGGAAUUAAAAAGAGUAUCCGAAAAUAAUUCAGACGGAUUGCAAACUGUACUCUCGUUUAGUGAUAUCAAAAGAUUUGAUGCUGAAUUUAGAGAUAUUAAAGCAGUCUAUGACGAUGCUAUAGCUAGAAUGAAGUCUUCGAAAUGUGUGAAAUGCCCUCAUUUUGCCGAACAUCUUGUCCAGGCUCGAGACCGAUUUGUAAGUCGUCAAAGACUCGAAAGGGUAAAAUUCGAGUUAUCAAAAGAAAAUUUAGUAUUGCAAGCCGAUUAUAAAAAUCGUAGAGAGCUGUUACAAUGCUUAGGGUACAUUGAUGAAAGGGGUGUUGUGCAAUUAAAAGGACGAGUGGCUUGUGAAAUUAAUAAUUGUGAAUUGCUUAUUACGGAGUUAGUUUUCGAUAAUAUCUUAAAUCCUAUGGCACCAGAAGAGAUUGCAGCUUUGCUGUCAUGUAUUGUAUUUCAACAGGGAGUGGAAGUCAUUAGAGGAAAAGCAAAAGAAUUGGAUAAACUCGAAGCCGAAUAUAACAUAGAUAUUUAUGAAAAGUAUGAAGACAUGAUUAAUUUCGGUCUUGUAGAAGUAGUGCAUGACUGGGCUAAAGGAGAGCCAUUCGCGAAAAUCAUGACCUUAACGGAUGUAUCAGAAGGUGUCAUAGUGCGAUGUAUACAACGCUUAGACUCAGCAUGUAUGGAGGUAAAAACAGCUGCAAGAAUUAUUGGCGAUCCUGUUUUAUUCGAUAAAAUGAUUGAAGCUUCAAGAAUGAUUAAACGGGAUAUUUGUUUUACAGCUAGUUUAUACAUCAAAUAA